UGUAGGAGCGUAUCGCUAAGUCUCAUGGUUCUCAGUGUGGGUUCUGUACCCCAGGUAUCGUCAUGUCUAUGUAUGCUCUGCUCAGGAACCACCCUACACCACGCAUGGCCGACAUAGAGGAGGCCUUCCAAGGGAACCUGUGUCGCUGUACUGGUUACAGACCAAUUCUGGAGGGGUACAAGACGUUCACCAAAGAGAGGAAGUGUUGUGGUGGCAAGGGGAAGGAUAACGGCUGCUGCAUGACCAACGGAGUAAAGACCAAAGGGAACACUGACGAGGAGAAUGUCAACAGGACCUCAGUGCUGCCUGCUCCUCUCUACGACCCAGAUGACUUCCUCCCUCUGGACCCCACUCAGGAGAUCAUCUUCCCACCAGAGCUGAUGUCCCUGUGUAAAGACCAGUCCUCUCAACAGCUGAGGUUCAGAGGAGAGAGGGUUCUGUGGCUCCAGCCAGCUUCUCUGGAUCAACUUCUAGAGCUUAAGACUCAGUACCCCAACGCCAAGAUGGUGGUUGGUAACACGGAAGUCGGUAUUGAGAUGAAGUUCAAGAACCUGUUGUAUCCUGUUAUUCUGGCCCCGGCAUACAUCCCCGAGCUCAACACCAUACAGCACACUGACGAGGGUAUAGUAUUUGGAGCGUCCUGUUCCCUGACCCUGCUGGGUGAUGUGUUGAAGGCAGCGUUGGUUAAACUGCCCUCCUACCAGACUGAAGUCUUCACCGCUGUACUGGAGCAACUCCGCUGGUUCGCUGGACUGCAGAUACGCAACGUGGCAGCCAUUGGAGGUAACAUCAUGACUGCCAGCCCCAUCUCCGACCUCAACCCUGUCUUUAUGGCUGCUGGCUGCAAGCUCACGCUCAUGUCCAAAGGUGGUGAGCGUGUGGUUGUGAUGGAUGAGAAGUUCUUCCCAGGUUACAGAAGGACCAUCCUGACACCUGAGGAGGUUCUUCUAUGUGUCCUGAUCCCGUACACCAAGAAGGGUCAGUACUUUGCUGCCUAUAAGCAGUCUCCUCGUCGUGAGGAUGACAUCAGCAUUGUGACGUCAGGGAUGAGUGUGACAUUCGCCGAGGGGUCAACCGUCGUCAAGCACCUGGCCCUUAGUUACGGAGGGAUGGCUGCUACUACUGUCAUGGCCAAGAACACAGCCAGCAGACUUCUGGGAAAACAGUGGGGGGAAGAGCUUCUGCAGGAUGCUUGUUCCUCAUUGGCUGAGGAGAUGACCCUUCACCCCUCUGCGCCGGGUGGCAUGGUGACCUACCGACGAACUCUGACCCUCAGCCUGUUUUACAAGUUUUACCUGACUGUACAACAGAAACUAGCCAGUGAGGUGAGAAACAUCAUAAUUAUUUUCAUACAUAACACAUUACUAUUGGUUUCAAGAACAGUGUAACUUCGCUCCCUCGCAAUUAAAUUCAAUUUGUAGAGCUUUAUUGGAAUGGGAAACAUAUGUUAACAUUGCCAAAGCAAGUGAAAUAUAUAAUAAACAGAAGUGAAAUAAACAAUAAAAAAUGAACAGUAAACAUUAGACUCAAAGUAAGUUCCAGAGGAAUUGAGACAUUUCGUAUAUAUAUGUCUAUAUACAGUGUUGUAAUGAUGUACAAAAGGGAAAAUAAAUAAACAAUAAUAUGA